AUGCACUGUUGGUUUCUGUUACAUAACAUUCUUGUCCUGUCUUUCACAACAGAUUUUGCACUCACUGAAGGCAAUAUGAUCAUUCCUUUGUGCCAAAAAGGGUAUUUUCCCUGUGGAAAUAUGAGCAAGUGCCUGCCGCGUGCUUUUCACUGUGAUGGUGUGGAUGACUGUGGGAACGGUGCCGAUGAGGAGAACUGUGGUGACGCUAGUGGAUGGGCAACCAUAUUUGGCACAGUCCACAGAAGUGUUAACAAUGUGACAGUAACACAGGAGUGCUUUCUAAGCCAGUAUCCAAAACAUUGUGACUGCAAAGAAACUGAACUGGAAUGUGUAGAUGCUGACUUAAGGACCGUGCCGACCCUUUCCCACAAUGUGACAUUACUGUCUCUUAAGAAAAACAAAAUCCACAGUCUUCCAGAUAAAGUUUUCAUCAAAUACACAGAACUUAAAAAGAUAUUUCUACAGUAUAAUUGCAUUAGACACAUAUCCAGGAAAGCAUUUUUUGGAUUAUAUAAUCUUCAAAUAUUGUAUCUCAACCACAACCACAUAACAAGUCUCAGACCUGGAGUAUUCGAAGACUUACAUCAGCUGACGUGGCUAAUUCUAGAUGACAAUCCAAUAACCAGAAUUUCACAGCGGUUGUUUACUGGACUAAAUUCCUUGUUUUUCCUGUCUAUGGUUGACAACCACUUAGAAGCCCUUCCCAAGCAGAUGUGUGCCCAAAUGCCUCAACUUAACUGGAUGGACCUGGAAGGCAAUCGAAUAAAACGUCUCAGAAAUUCCACCUUCCUGUCGUGCAAUUCACUCACGGUGCUGUUUCUGCCUAGAAAUCAAAUUGAUUUUGUUCCAGAGAAGACAUUUUCUUCAUUAAAAAAUUUAGGAGAACUGGAUCUGUCUAGCAAUAAGAUAACGGAGCUGCCACCUCACCUUUUGAAAGACCUGAAGCUUCUACAGAAACUGAACCUGUCAUCCAAUCCUCUUUUGUAUCUCCACAAGAACCAGUUUGAAAGUCUUAAACAACUGCAGUCUCUAGACCUGGAAAGGAUAGAGAUUCCAAAUAUAAACACACGCAUGUUUCAACCCAUGAAGAAUCUUUCUCACAUUUAUUUCAAAAACUUUCGAUACUGCUCCUAUGCUCCCCAUGUCCGAAUAUGUAUGCCCUCGACUGACGGCAUUUCUUCAUUUGAGGACCUCUUGGCUAACAAUAUCCUCAGAGUGUUUGUCUGGGUUAUAGCUUUCAUUACCUGCUUUGGAAAUCUUUUUGUCAUUGGCAUGAGAUCUUUCAUUAAAGCCGAAAAUACAACUCACGCCCUGUCCAUCAAAGUCCUUUGUUGUGCCGACUGCUUGAUGGGUGUCUACCUGCUUUUCAUUGGCUUUUUUGAUAUGAGAUACCGAGGACAGUAUCAGAAGUAUGCCCUGCUGUGGAUGGAGAGCGUACAAUGCCGCCUCAUGGGCUUCCUGGCCAUGCUGUCCACCGAAGUCUCUGUCCUCCUGCUGACCUACCUGACUCUGGAGAAGUUCCUGGUCAUCGUUUUCCCCUUCAGUAACAUUCGCCCCGGAAGACGGCAGACUUCCCUCAGCCUCGGCUGCAUCUGGAUGGUGGGGUUUCUGAUAGCUGCAGUUCCUUUUUGGGAUGAGGAUUAUUUUGGAAACUUUUAUGGGCAAAAUGGAGUGUGUUUCCCACUUUAUUAUGACCAAACAGAAGAUAUUGGAAGCAAAGUGUAUUCUCUUGGAAUUUUUCUAGGUGUGAACUUGCUGGCUUUUCUCGUCAUUGCGUUUUCCUAUGUUACUAUGUUCUGUUCCAUUCAAAAAACCGCCUUGCAGACCUCGGAAGUGAGGACUCACCUUGGAAGAGAGGUGGCUGUGGCAAAUCGUUUCUUUUUUAUAGUGUUCUCUGAUGCCAUCUGCUGGAUUCCUGUGUUUGUCGUUAAAAUCCUUUCCCUCUUCCAGGUGGAAAUACCAGGCACAAUCACUUCCUGGAUUGUGAUAUUUUUCCUCCCAGUCAACAGUGCCUUGAACCCAAUCCUCUACACUCUCACCACCAGUGUUUUUAAGGACAAAUUGAAACAGCUGCUGCACAAACAUCGGAGGAAAUCCAUCUUCAAGAUUAAAAAGAAGAGUUUAUCUACCUCCAUUGUGUGGACAGAUGACUCCUCUUCACUUAAACUCGGGAUUUUGAACAAAAUAACCCUUGGGGAGAGUGUAAUGAAACCAGUUUCCUAG